CUGAUAUACGACCAUAUGAUGACCCUCCCAGAAGAAAUUAUGUUUAUCUGGUGUCGUCCGAAAGCAAUGUCUGCAGUGUUAUUUCUCAUCAAUCGCUAUGUUGCCGUCCUUGGCAAUACCCUUGACCUAAUUAACAAUCUUCUACCCGUUUCGGCCAAGAGGUUUCAACCUUGCUUUUUGGAUAUCUGCUAUUUUACUCAACAAAGACUUAGCUGUUCGAAAUACCUUGAGUUGGAAGUCUAUCGCGAAAAAGACACUGAAGUUCCCAAAAUUUCAGUUAUAUUGACUCUUCGCACCUAUGCUCUCUACGGCCGCAACAGACGCCUGCUUAAAUGGAUGAUAAUCAUCGGCCUUGCUCUCAUAGCAGGAGCAUUGGUACGUGUUCGCAAUUUAAAUCGUAGAGUCUGCUGAACUUUUAGGCGGCAAUUUUUGGCCAUGAUCCAAACAGUGCGGUCAAUGCCGACUGCCUUGAAAUGUAUACAACAGCGACAUCUAUCCGUCCGUGCAUUCUAAGUCAUAUGUGGACGUAAAUUGACGGUAUUACUGAAUCAUCCAAUCGCAGGUCACGGGACGGCAUGGGUAGUAAUGUUUAUCUACGAAUUACUCAUCUUUGUCCUCACAGUCUUCAGGACUUGGAUAAAUAGGGGAUUACCGCGGUUCUUCCCAAUAUCCAGAAGAGAUAUCCUUGAUGUCAUAUUCUACGAUG